AUGUAUUUCGAGGAUAAAAAAAUGAUGUCCCAAGCCAUCAACAUGGACACUGAGGAACUGCUCGAACAACUCAUCGAAGGAAUCCCAUCUGCGAGUUUUCGUGAUCAAGCCCGUAUCCAAAGGUUCGCAAAUCCGGAGCAGAUGCUGCUAGCAUUUGCCAACAUACGUCUUUCACAACAACCCGGAACAUACGCACCGAAGAAGUCGACAUUGGAAGCGACGCAGAUCAACAACUUGCGCUGCAGGAACUGCAACUCGAAGGGCCAUUUCGCCAAGGAAUGCCGCAAGCCAGCAAGGGCACCUGGAUCUUGUUUCGCAUGCGGAGAACUGGGCCAUAUUGUGGGAGAAUGCCGCCAGAGGAAGAGAAACACCUACAACAACAGCAACAGCAACAACAAUAGCAGCGACAACAACUAUAAUGUCUCAUAG